CUUACUUCUUGUCCUUCUCGAGAAUUCUCAGGGAUGCUUCACCAAAAGCGGCUACAACAUCUUCCCUGUUGCAGGCUGCAAGAAAGACACCGGGCCACCUUUCAAAGACGGCUGCGGCCUCGCAUUCUCCUUGAACGUGACCGACACUCCGGAUUCACACUCGCAGCCCGUUGGAAAGUGCCGGGGAGUGGAGUUCUUCGUGGACAACGGCACCAUCGCGCACCUGUCUGGGCAUGUCACCUCGGAUGAUCUCCAGUGCACGGUGAGCUUCCAGGACGGACCGGGGGCAUAGAGACUAUGCGGCCUUGUUUAGAGCCUCUGGAAGUGUCCAGGAGAAGGACAUUUGCUCCAGCGCGUCCCUGGAGACCACGUAAGAAGUUUUGGCCUUAUAUCGGUGCCAUUUUAGCUGAAGCGGACACGAUUUUUCGAUCAUGGAGUGUGUGAGCGGCUUGGUGAGCCAGCUGUGUGGCUUGGGUCUGGACGCUGCCAAGAAGGUUUGGGACUGCAAUGCCAACAUUGAAAGGCUGGAGAAUAUGGCGCCCAACAUCCAGGCCAAGGUCAACGCUUUCAGUGAGCACAAGCAGCAGAAUCCAGGCUUUAUGUUUUCUGAAGCGGCCGAGGAAUGCUUGGAGCGUGUCAGGACAUGGAAUAGCAAGGCGCAAGGACUCUUGGGAUCACGCAACAACAGGAUCUGGAACCCCGUUAGACGGUACAAGCGGAGUGGCAAGAUCAUGGAGUGCAUAAGCCCCUACCAGGAUCUCCUGUCGCAGAUCGAAAGUCACGGGCACGAGCUGAAUGUGGACAUUGCGAUGCUGGAAAAGGGGGGGGCCAGCAUCCAGGCCUUGCUUAACAAGUUUCAUACUCACAAGCACCGGAAUCCAGAGUUCCGCUAUUCUGAUGGAGCCGAGGAGUGUCUUGAUCAUGUCACAAAAUGGAACGACAAGGCGCAAGCACUGCUGGGAUCACAGGAGAAGCGUUAUGGCGAGAUCUCGAAGCUGAUACACAGCUACGAGGGCGAUCUCGUUCCGAAAAUGGAAAGGUACGAGCGAGAAGAGUUGAGAGUGAUACAGCCGAGCACUAGCUUCGCCGUACGGAGUUCCCCGCAAGACAGAGGCCCUGCAAAAAAAUAUGUACGGCGUGGUGUUCCUGAUGCCAUGUUUGGUGGCCAUGAGCAACUGCUCGAUGAGGUGGUGAAUGCCCUCUUGGAUCCUGAAGCCCGUAGCAAAUGGGUUGGACUCUUGGGAAUGGGAGGGUGUGGAAAGACCACCCUCGCAAGCUGCGCGCACAAUGACGAGAGGGUGCGGGAGCAUUUCCAUGACAACAUUGUGUGGAUCACUGUGAAGAAAGAUGCUUCGGAGGACGAUCUCAAGGCCCAGCUCCUCAACGCUCUUGAAUGGGGUGAAAUGAAAGAGAGGGCCAGAGGAACCCUUGACGACAUGAAGCACUUGGCACGCGAUGUUGCUGGUGGUAACCGUGUCUUGCUGGUACUGGAUGAUGUGUGGGACAGGAGCUGGGCAAAGGAACUGGAUUUUAUAGCAGGGCCAUCCUCUGGCCGGAUCCUGGUGACAACCAGAAAGGAAGGCAUUUUGCAUCCGGAUGCAAAGGCAUUUCCUGUGCAUGAGCUAUCAAUGGACGAAAGCAAAAAGAUGUUUUGGAAGUUUGCCUUCGGUGUGCAUGAUCCACAACCUGGUGUUGUGGAAGUUGCAGAGAAAAUAGCUCGGAAAUGUGAGGGACUUCCUCUCGCUCUGGAAGUGAUUGGCAGUGCCAUGGCUGUCCACAGAAGUGAAGGGCCACAAGUGUGGGAAGAACGAUAUAAGAGGUUGCACUUGUCCAAUGACCCAGACGUUGAGAAGCAGAUGUUCAAGCGCUUGAAGUUCAGCUAUGACGAGCUGGGAAACGCUGAGGAUGAAAAGCUGCAGGAGUGCUUUCUCUAUGUGGCUGCAUUCCCAGAAGAUAGGUCGAUUGGGUUAACUGAGUUGAGGAAAUGUUGGAUGGAGGUUGGGUCAGAACUCUCACCCACAGCGAUUGUCAAUGAACUGGAACGGAGAUGCCUGGUCAAGAUACGUAAGCACCCAAUAACAGAUUUUAUAAUCGUACACGAUAUGCUACGCAAACUAUGCAUAAGAAUCUUAAAAGGGAAGUACAGUCCACAGCAAGAGCACGAGAAGGGAUGCCUGUUUGGAUAUGACUGGACAAGUGGCAUUCAGAAUGCAACAUUUGCUAAAGUCUCAUUCAUCUCAAAGAAUGUUGGCAGCUUUCUAUCCGAUAAUCAUGUGCGAGAUGUCAUACUUCUGGAUAAAUGUAAAGAACUUUCUAAUGUGGAUGACAGUCUUAUCAAUCACAUACAAGGGGUCAAGGUAUUGAGCUUGUGGCGAUGCUCUAAGAUCCAUUCUAUUCCAGAGAGCAUAUCCAAGCUGAAAAACCUUCAACUGCUGGACAUUCGAGAAACAAAUGUGAGGCAAUUACCAGAUGCGCUUUUCAGCCUGACAUCACUGAAAUUUCUAAAAUGUACAAGGUGGAGGCCGACGAAGUGUAACAUUGCAUUACUGCCCCAGCUCUCCAACUUGGAAGAGCUGGAGCUGAGGCUUGAUUCAAAAGAGGAGUCAUCAGUUGUGGAUUUGACUGGAAUUUCGCGUAAACUAAGACAUUUAAGAAUGACACAUGGUACAAUGAAGGUGCCAGAAAGCAUGGGGACACUGGAGCACAUUGAAACAUUGGUUUUACAUGCAAACAACAUCGACUUUGCCACUUUCGUUGGGUUAUGGCAACUUGUCAACCUAACAAAAUGUCAAAUUCAUGUGGAAACCCUCAGCAGAGCUGCUUGGAAACGAAUGUUUAUGAAAUCAAUCAAGCUUCAACAUUUUUCCAUCGUUGGGGUAGAAGACAGUGAAAAUAGUGAUGACAGCUUCGAAUGGUUGCAACUACGAUAUCUAGACAUCCGUGAUAUCAUAAACUUAUCUUGGUUAUUCCACCGCCUAGAAACACUUUUUAUUAACUGCAAUCGUAUCCACUUCUUCAACCUGGAUGGAUCAUUCCCACGUCUUGGAGAUCUGAGUCUUACUAAUCUACAGAUUGCACAGUCAGAAUUCAAGGAUGAUUUGGCUGCCAGUCUUCCAAAUCUGAAGGAGUUGGGGUUUGAGCUAGCUCCUGAUAUUGAAUGGGAGCACUUGCCUCUCUUUGUGACACAGCUCCCCAAUCGCCUCGAGUCUCUGCGAAUAACGGGUUGUAUAAAGAGACUUUUGUUGCCAACUGAGAGGUCAUCACUCAAGGUUGAACGUCUUUCAGUAUCCAGCAGGAAGAUGCAAAAUGAUUUCUUUGAGCCAUCAGAUCAAAUGACUGAUAUAGAAAUCGUGCAUUUUGAUGAGACUAUCAUUCCAUCGUCCAUUGCAUCGCUGCCAUCAGAUCAAAUGACUGAUAUAAAAAUCGUGCAUUUUGAUGAGACUAUCAUUCCAUCGUCCAUUGCAUCGCUGCCAUCAGAUCAAAUGACUGAUAUAGAAAUCGUGCAUUUGAGCUGUGAUGAGACUAUCAUUCCAUCGUCCAUUGCAUCGCUGCCAGGUUUGAAAUUUCUUGACAUUUCGGGGCCAAGCGUGAUACAGAACGAUGCACUGUGGUCCCACAAUAAGAGCCAGGCUGGAAUCGCUAUCCUGCCCGAAAGGCAUGAAAAUUCCACCUUGGCUUGAGGACCGCCCCAAUCUCAGG